GAAAGGGAAAUGACAAGAUGGAGAUCACGUUGCAAUUUUGAAGAAUGAAAGUGAACUCAUCCCGUUACAAAAUAAAGUGAAAACAAAAAGAAUUUUUAAGAAGAUAAUUAACAAACACAAGAAAUGGUGGAGGAAAAGGAAUAGUACAGCUGUAAUACUUGUGAUAGAGAAUAAUUUUUGUUUUUCAAAUUUUGAUACUUGAAUUACAAUAUCUAAUGAAAAGAAGUCAUUAUGAUUAAUUUAUAUACUCAAAAAGAGCCAUUGAUAUUACCAGAAAUUACUAAGUAUAAUGCUGAAUACCUUUGUAUUGUUGCUGCCAAACAUUGUAGAAUUAGCCCAGCAUCAAGGCAUCUCUUUGCUCUCUGGAAUCCUAAUAAGAAUAUUUGGUAUAGUCCAUGUAAAAUAAUUGAUGUAGGAUCCAACAAAGAUUUGAAUCUGUACUUCAGGUUAAGAUUUCAUCCUUCAGAUGUAAAAAAGUUGGCGAUUGAUCAACAAGCAUGCAAUUAUUAUUUUCAUCAAAUGAGAAAUGAUUUUUUACAAGGAAAAAUUAAACAACUCUCAAAUAAUGCAGAUGACUCCUUUGGUCUGGCAGUUACUGAUAUAAUUCGUACUGCACUUGAACAGGAUUUAAAUCCCGAACAAAUGAAAAUUGAAUAUUCAAAUUUUUUACCUAAAGUAUUACAUAAAUGGAAUCUUUUCAUGUUGAAGGAACGUAUUAAUAAAGCUAUUAUAAAAGCUUUUAGAAAUAGUGGGCAAAAUGUGGCUUAUGUAAAACAACAAUAUAUACAACAUUUAAUAACCCUUGUACCGGAUUAUACUUGUGAACACUAUCAAGCACAAAUUGAUGAAAAUGGUAAAGUAUAUGAAGUGUUUUUGAGAGUUUGUCCUUAUGUAAUGAAAAAUGCUGGCUUGCAAAUGCAGAUGAAAGGUAGUAAAGAGUCGUGGAUACAAAUUUGUUCCAUAGAAGAUUUAUGCUAUAUUAGCAUGAGAAAUGAUGGAACUGUUGAAAUUAGCAGGAGAAAUGGUAUUCCUCAGUACUUGACAUUUCAAAGUGUUGAUCAAAUGCAUUCUUUUGUAUCUCUUUUGGAUGGUUACUAUCGGUUGAUAGAAAAGUGGACUUUCAAUAUCUGUAAAGAUUUAAUAACGCCUUCUUUGUUAAAUUUAAGACAAUUGAAAUGCCAUGGUCCAAUUGGGCAAGAAUUUUCUUACCAGAAAUUAAGAGAGAAAUGUAAAAAUGAAGUGGGAUGUUAUAUAUUACGAGAAAGUACUACGGUAUAUGACGAAUAUAGAUUAGACGUUAGCGAAACCGAUGGCUUUAUUCAAACAUAUUACAUUUUACGAAAUGAUGAUGAUGAGUAUUUUAUAAAGAACAAAGAAGAAACCUUUCCUUCACUUCCUCAACUUAUAAGUCACUACUCCAAAGGAAACAACAAUCCACUUCUUAAAAAGUGUAUACCACCAUCAGAAUAUGAGAAGACUUGCUUAUUAUUAUGUAGACCCAUAAAUAGAGAUAUUCAGGCUCUGAAAAGUCGUGGAGAAUGUAAUUGUGCCGCCCAGUGUAUUCCUUACGACAGUAUAAUAUUUAGUAAAAAAGUAAGCGAUGAAUUGCAUGGUCAUCAGACUAUUGUUAAACAUUGUUAUUUAAGACGUGGAACAGAUAAUUUUAAAGAAGUUGCUGUAAAGCAGUUAAAACAUCAAUUAAAUCUAGUAUACACAAUGGAAUUUUUAAAUCAGUGCGAUAAAGUAUUGUUCUGGCAAUGUGAUUCUAUUGUUUCAACUAUUGGUAUGGUACUCUCUCCACUCUGCUUUGUAAUGGAAUACUUACCAUUAGGUAGGCUAGAUUUAUAUUUGAGAGAAAAUAAUCAGGCAUUGAAACAAGUGGACUUAGUGGAAGCAGCAAAUUAUAUUGCAAGAGCAUUGUGGUAUUUGGAAGAACAACAGUGUUGUCAUGGGAAAAUUCGGUGUCAUAAUAUAUUAGUUUCACAGCACAGUGAUAACUCGUUUAAAGUUAAAUUGGCUGAUCCAGGAAUUGUAGUAUAUAAUGAUGAAGACAUGCACUGGAUUCCUCCUGAAUGCUACAGUGACUUUAGUCAAGCUGCAAAGUCAUUAGCAGCUGAUGUCUGGGCAUUUGGAACUACUUUGUGGGAAAUAUUUUCUUUUGGUGAGAUUCCUUUUAAAGACAAAAAAACUAAUGAAAUAAAAGAAUUGUAUUUGCAAGGCCAUCAUCCACCUUAUCCGACAGAUAUUCAUAGUGAUAUUGGAAAAUUAAUGAACGAAUGUUGGACACUUGAUCUGGAUAAUCGAAAGAAGGCCCAAGCUAUCAUGCGUGAUAUUAACCAGAUCUUAUAUGAAGCAUCAUCUAUGGCAAGAAAUGUAACUAUUUUGGGAUUUUAUGGAGAAGUUUAUAAAGCGACACUUACAUACUGUGCUGGAUGCACGGCAGUGGUUGCCGUGAAGAGAAUAAAAAAGUCUGCACUGUCGGAAGAGAAUUGCCGUGGACUGUGUCAAGAAAUCGACAUAAUGAGGAAACUCCAACAUGCAAAUAUUGUCGAAAUUAAAGCUUUCUUAGAAGAACCAGAAAUCAUGUUAGUUAUGGAAUAUAUGAAACUGGGGAGCUUACUAGCAUAUUUGCAAAUGCACAAGCAAAAAAUUGAACGUGCUCAAUUAUUAAAAUUUGCUGCAGAUGUUGCAGAGGGAAUGAAAUAUUUGGAAGAGAAACAUAUAGUUCAUAGAGAUUUGGCAGUCAGAAACAUUUUAGUUGCAUCAGAAGACUGGGUAAAGAUCAGUGAUUUUGGUUUAGCUAGGCUGACAGAAAAUGAUUAUUACAAGAUGAAGACAGAAAGAGAUUUGCCUAUUAGAUGGUAUGCCUUGGAAAGUAUUCUGCAUCUAAAAUUUUCUCAUAAAUCAGAUGUUUGGAGUUUUGGAAUAACAUUGUGGGAGAUGUUUUCUUAUGGAAAAAAUCCCAUUAUACCAGGAAUUUCUGACACAAAACUAGCCGAGGCCCUCCAGAAGGGUACCAGACUGUGCUGUCCUGAAUCUUGUCCCGUAGAAAUAUACAGACUGAUGAUAGAAUGCUGGGAUUCAGAUUCCCACAAAAGGCCGUCCUUUUCCGAUAUCAGAGAACAAAUUGAAGAUCUCAGGAAGAGUUCUUGGACUUAAUGAAAAUAUAUUUUGAUAAAAUAUUGUAUUGUUCAUAUAUAUAUUAUUUCCAGCAGUGUUUUUAAGCACUUGCGAUCUGAUUUGUACAUAUGUAUUAUAUGAUAAAAAUAAUACUCUUCUGAUAUUAGAUGUAAUUCAUGUGUAAAUUGGGAAACAAAUCAUAAUAAAAAUAUUUUUGGUAAAUUUACCAAAAAUAUUUUUAUUAUGAUUUGUUUUUGCUGUUUCUA